AUGCGCAUUUCAGAAUAUGGCCCCACCACGUAAACAAUGCAGCUCAGCGCAGCGGUGAAGCGCCGCCACAUCGGACUCCAGCAGUUAGAGACCAUAGCUGCCACCACACAUGGCUUUCUGGGUCCCAACAAACGACCCAAGUUGUUCCAGGAUGAAGAUGCCGGCGAUGCGAUGUUGGUUUGCUCCUGUUCACAUCUGCUUGAGUGUAUCGAGCUGGACGGCUCAGUCGGACAGCUGCUGCUGCAGACGGUACAGGCCCAGCAGAAGCUCUUCCACUCCAGGACGGCCGCGCUGGUGUUUCUGGCUGGAGUCUGGAGUAGAGUUGCAUUAGAGUGUCUAAACAGAGGAAUAACUGUGUUGGAUAUCAAAACAGCCAUGAGGAAAGGACUGGAGGUGUGUUUGGAGGUAUGCAAACAAUCGGCUCUAAGUGUGGAAGAAGUUUCUCGCCAGAAACUAAAGGACUUUUUAAAAGAACGCAAGUUGCAAUCCAAAAACACAGAAAAUGCACAAAACAGAUCUUUGGAUAUUCAAAAACUGGUCACGUGCCUCAUUCCAGGCCUGUCUGAGGAGUUUCAUGGCUUUGUCACGUUGCUCACAGUCGAACAGGCCUCUGUGGUUCGACGCCUUCAGGGUCAGGCAUUAAAUAUCGCUUUGGUGAAUGGCGAUUUGUGCAAGAAGUAUCGCCACGUGGGUUUUAACAAGCCUGGGAAUGUCAUGCACAUCACGGAUCGCGCUAACAUGUCUGGCGUGAGUCUGGAAGAGCUUUUGAUUGAGGAUGCAUUAAGAAAACUGCAUGAAUUCAGCAUAGAUGUUGUGCUUGUGAGCAGCAUGGCUGGUGUGAAACUCAAAGAUCGAGUUCUUGGUACAAACGUCCUGGUUAUUGAAGGUGUUAAAAGCAGUGUUUUGAAGGACUUCAGCACAUGCACAGGCGCUCUUCUGAUUUCGUACGUCACACAGAUUGACGAGAACUGCGUGGGACAGGGAGUUACAGUCAGUCAACAGAGAGAUUUCAGUAGAAAAAAGGAUUUCGUCGCGGUCAGCAUUGUGACUGCAAGCACGUCUCUGGUCACGGCGGUCAUAAGCAGCUCUGUAUCUGCUAAACUGCAAAGCUUGGAGGAUCAGUUUUGGAGCUGCGCUCAUCGGUUGCACCAAGCUCUUGCAGAUGGGAAGUUGCUGCAUGGCGCAGGAACCACCGAACUCCUUUGCAUCCAGCAGCUUCAUCAAUCUAAACAGACAGAGAUGGAAAACCCACAGGAGAGUGUGGUGCUGGAGCUGAUGGCCGAAGCCUGGAUGGAUUAUGUCUCCACUUUGAUGAUGAACAGCAGGUCGGUGGGGUCUAAAGCAGAGGCUUGGACGGCUAUUGCACAUCAGAUGAGACUUUAUAAAGAUGGAGAAGCCAUAUCGCGGGAUGCAGAUGGAGCUGGUGUAUAUGAUAACGUAACUGUGAAGUCUGAAGCCUGGAGGAGAGCUCUUGAUCUGGUGUUUCUGGUGCUUCAGUCUGACACCGAGAUCAUUACAGGUGUCAGUGAAGGAGAAAAUGUUUACAGGGAGCUCAUGUAUCUUUGAUA